AUGCGUUUCACGCCCUUAGUCCUCGCUGCCUUGGCGACCGCCGCCAUCGCGCGUCCAACCUCUUUUGACCGGCGUUUCAAUGUGGUCGAUGACGUUGCCGCUCCUGUCAAUGUCAAAGCACUCAACAUCGACACCCGCAGUUUGAAUAUCUUUGCUGGCCUUAGUGCUAAGGCAGCUGCGGCUCUGACCGGAGCUUCCAUUGGGUUGAAGGCAGGCUCUGUCGACGCUGACGCGAGGGAGGAGCUCAAAGCAUGGCUUGGUGGUUCACAGGCUGCCUCUCUCAACGCUACCAUCAAGGCCUCCGUCAGUGACUGGUGUUCCGGUGCUGCCUCUGCGACCUUGUCGGCAGAUGUGGCUGCUGGACUGUCCACCUAUGUCCCCGUUGUGUCGCAAAUUGCUGCCAACGGUGGCCUGAUCGUCUCACUUGAUGGUAUCGUUGCUGCCGCCACCAAGGCCGUCGGCGAGGUUGUCCUUGAUGCUUCCGCCAUUGCUUCUCUUAAGGCCUUCCUUUCAGUCCAUGCAGACCUUGAUGCCAAGGUGAAGGCUGCUCUCAAUGUUUGCGCUGCCGGUGGUGUUGCUGCUACCUUGUCUGCGGAUGUUAAGGCUGCCCUUCAAGCCUACCUUAACGGCCCCAAGUGUGCUCUCGAUGCGACACUGAAGGCAUCUAUCCUGGCCUGGAUCAACGGCACUGUGGAGGCCGGUGUUCAAGCUGUCGGCGACUUGGCCGAUACCGCUCUUGCAUCUGUCUCCGUCGGUGCCUCUAUUUCUGCGGGCGUGGAUGCAAGCGGUGCCCUCACCUCUUCCGCCAUUGCUUCGUUGUCGGCGUUCUUGGAUGCUCAAGCGAACCUUGAUGCUGACAUCAAGGCCGCUCUGAGUGUCGCUGUCAAAGGCGGAUUGGCUUCUUCUCUCAGUGCCGACGCUGUUGCCUCCCUGUCUGCCUGGCUUGCUGGUGCCUCUAUCGAUGUCGAGCUAAAGGGAGUCCUUCUCUACUGGCUCUACAUUGGUGCCUCGGCCCACGCCUCAGCUACUGUUCUCACCCCGGCUGAAAUUGCCCAGGUCUCAGCCUUCCUGAACGGAACCGUUGGCAACUCUAUCAGUGCUGCUGUCCGUGGUGCGAUUGGCGUCUGCGCUGCUGGUCAGAGCGUUGUUGCUCUCUCUGCCAACGCCGCUGCUGAGCUGGCCGCCUUCUUGUCUGGUUCGGUUAACGUGAACAUCAGCGCUGACAUCCGCGGGUACCUCAUCGCUUGGUUGACGGGUGUCUCCAGCAGCCCCAAGAUCGCGGCUUCAUCUGGUGUUGCUGCUGCUCCAUCUGCUACUGGUGUCAGCACGAGUGUCAGCAUUCCUGUUGCCACCCCUACGAGCGUUGCUGUGCCUACUGGUACUGCUCUCGGAAGCUCCUCGAGCUCUCUCCCGAUCCCUGCCGGUAACAUGGGAAGCGGCUCCUCUCCCAUCAGCACUAUUCCGGUGUCCGUCCCCACUAGCCCUGCGGGAUCUACUGGUUCCUUCAGCGGCUCGUCUGGCCAAGUGUCUUCCUCUACCGGCUCAAGCGUCUCCGAGAGCUCGUCUGCGUCUGGCAACUCCGUGAGCGCCGUGUCCGGCAGCACCGGCACUUGCACCUGCUCUUCCAACUAA